AUGUUGGCCGGGCGGGGGGGCGCGGCACUUUCCCCUACUAUCCCAACUCACCCGUUAAACCCCCGCUGCUUUGCCAUGUUCCCGAGGCUUCCAAGCCGGGAAACUGCGGAGAGCACCCUGGGCGGAGACGCCGGGCGCGGGGCUUGGCCGCAGGCGGGCCCUGGGGCGGACGGGCGCGCGGCCUCCCGCCCAGGCCACAACGAGCUCCCACCAACCUCUCCAUCUUCGCCGCCCGGAAAGGACGCGCGAGCGCGCGCCGCGCCUUUUAUAAUGCGGACGGCGGCCCGCGAGGCCCAGCCCGCGCCCUCCCCGAGUUCGCCGGCGCCGCAGCGCCAUCUAGCGGACCCUCCCGGCCGCACCGCCUGCGUGGCGCCCGCGGGCCUGGGCUGA